CAGGUUCCCCUCGCGGCCGCACGUGGUCCCGCAGCCCCUGAAAUAAAAGCGCAACGGCGCGGCUCAGCAGAGACUGAGUCCCCAGUGCACAGGAGCGACAGGGUGAGCGCGAGCAAAGGCAGUCCAGCAGCUCGAUGGCCUUCCCUAAGAAGAAACUCCGGGGUCUCGUCGCUGCCACCAUCACUCCGAUGACUGAGAAUGGAGAAAUCAACUUUUCUGUAAUUGGUCAGUAUGUGGAUUAUCUGGUGAAGGAACAGGGAGUGAAGAACAUUUUUGUGAAUGGCACCACAGGAGAAGGCCUGUCCUUGAGUGUCUCUGAGCGUCGCCAUGUGGCAGAGGAAUGGGUAAAACAAGGGAGGAACAAGUUGGACCAGGUGGUGAUUCACGUGGGAGCACUAAGCUUGAAGGAAUCCCGAGAACUGGCCCGACAUGCAGCAGACAUUGGAGCUGAUGGCAUCGCUGUCAUGGCACCGUUCUUUUUCAAGUCACAGAACAAAGAUGACCUGAUCAGUUUCCUGAGGGAGGUGGCUGCCGCAGCCCCCGCUUUGCCAUUUUACUAUUAUCAUAUUCCUUCCUUGACCGGGGUAAAGAUUCGUGCAGAGGAGCUGCUGGAAGGGAUUCAGAACAAGAUCCCCACCUUUCAAGGGCUGAAGUUCAGUGACACUGAUCUCUUAGACUUCGGGCAGUGUGUCGACCAGAAUCACCAGCGACAGUUUGCUUUGCUGUUUGGGGUGGAUGAGCAACUGUUGAGUGCUCUGAUCAUGGGAGCAACUGGAGCAGUGGGCAGUACCUAUAACUAUUUGGGGAAAAAGACAAACCAGAUGUUGGAGGCCUUUGAACAGAAGGACUUCACUUCAGCACUCAAUUACCAGUUUCGUAUCCAGAGAUUUAUCAACUAUGUGAUCAAGCUGGGUUUUGGAGUGUCACAGACCAAAGCCAUCAUGACGCUGGUCUCUGGGAUUCCAAUGGGCCCACCCCGGCUUCCUCUGCAGAAAGCCACCCAAGAGUUUACUGCUAACGCUGAGGCCAAGCUGAAGAGCCUGGACUUCCUUUCUUUCCCUGGUUUAAAGGGGGGAACUUAGGAGCCUGUAGCUAGUGCCUGUUCAGUCUGAGUGUGUUUACUGAGACUUUUACCCAUCUUCAGUAGUAACCAUCCUUUUCUCAGGGACUUUUUGAGCUAAGCUUUCUUUUAACAAGUGGAAUCCCACACCAAUAAAGAAAUAUUUAAAUAUCAAUUUUGUUCUUUGUUUUUCGAG